AGUUUUACACACAAUCGCUGGACGCGUUCAGAAAUCACACACCAAAUACCGCGUCUCGAACAUUACAGUCAUGAGUCACCCAAAGUCAUUGACUAUGGGAGAGAGCGUAAUUAAGCAAGACUGAGCAAAAACAGAUUUGGAAAUUGGAAUAUCCCGUCGGUUUGGCCUUUCUCUUUUGGUGGAUUAUCUCGUCGAUGCGAUGAGGAGUGGGAGGAACUUUCCACCUAGAGGUCAUUCAUGGCCACUGCCAUCUUCCGCCACGAGAGCGCAGCGUCCGUCUUUUCUCUGGGCGAGGCGGCGGAAUCUGAUAUUGAACGGAGGGACUCCUUCGUCUAUCAGACUUCCACGGCCUACCAAACGCUCGCCCGAAGCUAGAGCAGCAAAUGUUGCCGCUGUUAUUGAGGAUUCCGUCGCUUCUUAUCGAUCAUCGAGUUCGGCCGAUGCUGCUGCAAUUUCAAAUGGUCGUCGUCGUCUAUUAGAUGAUGAUGAUGAUGAUGAUGAUGAUGAUGAUAAUGAUGAUGAUGCUGAUGAAUGUCCAUCAUUGCCUUACCCUAUUUCUCCGUCCACACCCAUCUCUGAUUCUCUGUUGAAAUACGAUGUGUUUAUCAGUUUCCGAGGACCUGAUGCUCGUGAGAAUUUUGUGAGCCACCUCUACGACGACCUGCUUCGAGAGGGAAUUGAAACUUUCAUAGACAGUGUAAAGCUUGAGGCAGGAGAUGAGAUUCAACCGGCGUUGUCGGAUGCGAUCGAGAAAUCUAGAAUCUCUGUUGUGAUUUUUACCAAGGAAUACGCCUCUUCCAAGUGGUGUCUGAGAGAGCUUGCAAAGAUCAUGGAGUGUAGGAGGACUCAAGGCCAGAUAGUUUUGCCAGUCUUUCUCGCUGUUCAACCCAUGGAGGUUAGGUGGCAGACGGGCAGCUACGAGUUAGCCUUUUCUAGGCAUGAUGAGGGAUCCCAGUCAGCCGAGGAAGUAAAAGGAUGGAGAAAAGCCAUGAGCGACGCAGCUAAUCUCUCCGGAUUUGAUUCCGAUGCAGUCAGGCCUGCCUCUAAACUUGUGGAUGAAAUUGUUUCAGAUGUAUUAGAGAAGCUAAAAAGCAUUUGCUUGUGCGAAGAUGAGGGCUUGGUGGGAGCUUAUUCUCACGUAAAGGAAGUGGAAGACUUGUUGAAAAAUGGAUCAGAUGAAGUGCGGACUAUAGGAAUAUGUGGAGUUGGUGGUAUUGGGAAGACUGCCAUUGCUGGAGCUGUUUUUAAUCGUCUACAUCAACAGUUCGAUAGCUACUGCUUUCUUGCAAAUGUUAGAGAAGAAUCUGAAAAGCGUGGACUCCCUAGCUUAAGAAACGAACUCUUUCGUCAAAUUCUUGGUCAGGCUGAUAUAAACAUAGCGAUAUAAGGAAUCGUCUACGUCGAAAAAAAGUUUUUAUUGUUCUGGACGAUGUUUGCAGCAUGACUCAACUGGAAUUUUUAAUCAAACAAUCGACUUA